GUAUGUUGAUCUACCGCAUUUCUUCACCUUAUGUAAAGCACUUUAACUUGCCUCUGUGUUUGAAAGCUGCUGUGCAAAUAUACUUACCUUGAUCAUCUAAAUAGCUCUCGGCGAUUGUCUCGGUAUUUACUUCUUCUUCUUUCUUUCUUUCACUUUCUUCUCUAGACAUAAUGGCAGAAGCACCUACAAUAUGACAGAAAAAACUAAAGCAAAACACCAACAACAUCAACUAUAACCUCAGAGAGGACCACUUUACUGAACACUAACACUGUCAACAUGAUCUGAUGUUAUUGCCUUCAGUGUCCCAUGUUAUCAGACCCACAUGUCUGUCGGUGUUGACACUCGGUGGACGCACAGUGACCCGGUGAGCGGGACACUUUUUGCAGCGUGCGGGCUAUAAAGAGAGGGAGUGGCGCACUGGUUAACACUGAGGAGAGAGACUCCACACGCAGACAGCAGCACGGCAGCGCCCGGGAUAACAUGAUUAGCUCUCUAUUAGGUCCGCUCCUGAGCACAACUAGAUGCAGCACAGGGAUCAUAGUGUGUCCAGAGAGAGGAGACACAGAGGAAAGAGUUGACGCCUCAGCUGCCACAUGGAUCUUCUCUGCUUCCUAUUGAUCUGCCUAAAGAAGUUACCCACUGACAGUUUUUUUCAUGCCCGUGCGUCUCUGGCACUGGAGAGGUUGUGUCACCGCUGGUUGCCCCAGAUGAACUGACAGCACUUUAAAUAAUUAGUGCUUACCCUUGUGGAGGCAGUGCACGAUGAAAGAGAGAAAUCCGGCUGGGAAAGCUUCAGAGGAGUGAUUCAGUUCCUGCCUUUCUCAGCCCUGCUCUGUCCUUCCUGGUGGAUGAUAUUUGUUAACCUCUUCUGAACCCAGGAAGUGGGCCAAUCUGCUCCAAUGGAGUUUAACAACGAGACCAACCUGACUCUUCCAAAGGUGGCCUCUUACAGCCUCCAGAUGUCCCUGCCGCUCACUGUGCUGGUGGGGCUCAUGAUCCUGCUGACAGUGUUUGGUAACGUGCUGGUGGUCAUAGCUGUGUUUACAAGCCGAGCCCUGAGGGCUCCGCAGAACUUAUUCUUGGUGUCUCUGGCGUCAGCGGACAUUUUGGUGGCUACACUCGUGAUGCCAUUCUCCUUGGCCAAUGAGCUCAUGGGAUACUGGUACUUUGGCGAGGUGUGGUGUGAAAUAUAUCUGGCACUUGAUGUUCUUUUCUGCACCGCCUCCAUUGCCCACCUCUGUGCCAUCAGCUUAGACCGCUACUGGUCCAUCACGCAGGCCAUCGAGUACAACCUAAAGAGGACGCCGCGCCGAAUUAAGUGCAUCAUCUUCAUCGUGUGGGUCAUUGCAGCAGUUAUCUCUUUCCCGCCACUAAUCACCAUGGAGAAAGAAAACAACGAGAAGGACCGUGUGUGUAGGAUCAAUACUGAUAAGUGGUACGUCAUCUCCUCCUGCAUUGGCUCUUUCUUCCUCCCCUGUGUCAUCAUGGUGCUGGUCUACGUGCGAAUCUACCAGAUUGCUAAAAAGAGGACGCGGGCCCCUCCAGGAGACAGGAAGCAGAAGGAGAUGCCAAAGACGCCCACCAUCGCUGCUGCCAACCCAAAGGAGAACGGUGUGGGCGCUGAUGACCGCCUCUGCCAUGAGAAACUGAACGGCGAGCAGGACAUCGAGCUGAAGAAGGAAGUGGUGGAAGGAGAAGGAGGAGCAGAUGAGCAGAAAGGAGAGGUCAACGGGGUGGACAUUGAUGAGUCGUCGUCGUCUGACCACAAAGUGAACAAUCCCUGCUCAAUCAAAAAGAAAUCAGCCAAGGGGAAAACCAAACUGAGCCAAAUCAAACCGGGGGACAAUGACGUCCAAAGGCGGGCGCCGAGCACCAAAGGCAGCCGCUGGAAGGGCCGCCAGAACCGGGAAAAGCGAUUCACCUUCGUCCUCGCCGUGGUCAUUGGAGUGUUUGUCAUCUGUUGGUUUCCCUUCUUCUUCACGUACAUGCUAAUGACGUUGUGUGAGUCCUGCCCUGUACCCGACACCUUGUUCAAGUUCUUCUUCUGGUUCGGUUAUUGCAACAGUGCGCUGAACCCCAUCAUUUACACCAUCUUCAACAAUGACUUUAGGAGGUCAUUUAAAAAGAUACUGUGCAGGAGGGACACCAGAAGAUAUGUAUGACGGACUCCAUCUUCAUGUACAUACUUUUUUUUUCUACUGUUGUACAUAAAUUGUAAAGUACAUAGACCAUUGUGCAUGGAUCACUGGCUUGUGAAUGCUCUAGGUGUAACUGCUUGAAAAGGCUUUCCCAGGAUGAGCUUUACGUGCAGCAUCUUCUUUUCAGAACAUCCACCACCCACAGCCUCGACACCGACCACGAUCACGCACAGAGAGGUCUGAACUGAACAGAACACCACAGUGAAACCAUGUUUUUAUUGUAAAUGUUAUUUUUAUUUUUAUAAAAGAAACAAACAUUGUGAAGUCCAUGAUAUGUGUUGUAAUUUACCACAGUAUGCUAUAUAAAAUAACCUGUCUGAAUAUUUGUGUCUAUUUUGAUUUUGGUGGUGAUGAUGAUGAUGAUGAUGAUGAUGAUGAUGACAAAGUGUGGGAAAAAUGUCAGCUCUUUAAAGAAUAAAACCCAUUACCUGAACUGGUCUCAAGGCUUCAAAGCAAGCUAAAACAUCAGGUUGGUGACUUUAUCUCAUUGUAUAUGUUACACUGUGUUGUCACACACAUAUCCACACACUCAUGCACACACACACACACACACACACACACACCCACACACACACACACACACACACACACACACACACACACACAAACAAACAAUAGAAGCUGGGAAACAGAGAAAAGGGUAGCAAUAGAGUCAGCUAUAGGUAACAUUUGAGUCUAAAUUUGCUCUCAGUAAAAGGUGUUAAGUGAGAGUUUUGAAAAUGAAAAGCUGUUUUGAUCCAUGUGAAGGUGUGAAAAGGUGGAUGAGGAGGAUAAACCCACAAGUCCUCUUGUACCGUGAAUUGGAGAACAGAGUUUAGCCCUUCAGCUGUACUCCAACAGAAAAGUGCAAAUUCUCCGGUCUGUUGAAUCUGACCUUUGCAAGAGCUUAGCUCUUAAUGAGCCUGAAUGGAAUAUGUGCAAAUGUUCUUUGGUCCUUGGUUUAAUCAUGUUUGUGAUUAGAUAGAGGUCCUUUAUCUGAGAUGUCAGAAAAUUAAAUUACAUUUUUAAUCUUU